ACCUACUCCCCGGUAUGGUCUAAUUUAUGAAUAAAAAAAAUUAAUGAAUUAAUUUUUUGAAAAGAAGAAAGAACAAAGAUAACAUGAGAUGAUGAAAACCAUUAAAUGCUUAUAACCGAGGAUGGUUGCUUUUUUGGUGUUGCUUCAUUUUGUUCCCUCCAGAAAAGCUCUGCGGCAUCAGCAGCCUGUCGACUUCAGAUUACCUUUUCUGGCAUUAGCAAUUCCCAUUUCAAAUUUUCUAUCAAGUCUGUGAACCAUUAAUGUUUUACCCUUGUGAUUACUAUUAGCCACAGGAAUUUGGUGGUGUUUUCCCGUUGGAAGCUGCAUUUGCUGAGAAAAUGCAACUUUUUUUUUUCUCUUCAUUCGAGGAACGAACACUGAUAGGGAUCCGUCAUGGAGAUCGAGCAGAAACCAAAUCAGAUCGAAACCCUUGAACAGCCUUCCAGUCUGCGUGGGUCUGCCCAUCAUGGGUUCCCAAUUCGUCACGCUUUGGAUCUAAAGCGUCGGUGCUUUCUCACUCAAGCAUCUCAAUAAUUUCUGGAGCACGGCGAAGAUCAUCUUUCUUCUUCCGCUUUAAUCUCAACCCAAACAUAGAAAGACCCAAGUUCAGGUUUUCUUUCUAACUGUGGAAUCGCCAAAAUGCUCAAACAAUUUCUAAGCAAAUUCCCUCGAAAAUCAUCAAAAUCUGAACCACUAGAUUCUGCCGGCAUUGAUUCCAGUAAUAAUUUGGUCAACUUGGGUAAUGGUACCCAGCAUCCCAACAGUGGGAAUGCUGUUUCAAGUAGACCAAAUGUUAUUAAACGGAUGUCUUCUGCAGUUUUCCCAGCGAGUGCCACAGCUGGUUCGGAGGCAAUGGAGCCCCAUCUAUCCUUCAAAGAUGUUCCAAAUUCAGAGAAGCAGAGCUUGUUUAUCAGCAAGUUGAACUUCUGCUGCAUGGUUUUUGAUUUCAAUGAUCCUGAUAAGAAUCCUGCAGAAAAAGAUCUUAAACAACAAUCCUUGAUAGAGCUUGUUGAGUUUGUCGCAUCUGGGUCUGCCAGGUUUACGGAAUCAGUGAUUGCUGCAACCUGUAAAAUGUGUGCAAUUAAUUUGUUUCGGGUUUUCCCACCUAAGCAUCGCACAAGUGGUAGCUGUGGUGAAACUGAAGAUGAGGAACCGAUGUUUGAUCCUGCAUGGUCACAUUUGCAAGUUGUGUAUGAUUUACUCCUCCGGUUUAUCAGUUAUAGUUCUCUUGAUGCAAAGCUGGCAAAGAAGUAUGUAGAUCAUUACUUUAUUUUAAGAUUACUUGACCUCUUUGAUUCAGAGGAUCCACGGGAAAGAGACUGCUUAAAAACAAUUCUGCACAGGGUUUAUGGGAAGUUUAUGGUUCACAGGCCUUUUAUCAGGAAGGCUGUAAGCAACAUUAUCUAUCGUUUUGUUUUUGAAACUGAAAAACAUAAUGGAAUUACUGAAAUGUUGGAGAUCUUUGGGAGCAUAAUUAGUGGGUUUGCUUUGCCAUUGAAGGAGGAGCAUAAGAUGUUCUUGUGGAGGGCUCUGAUUCCUCUACACAAACCAAAGUCAGUUGGCAUUUACCAUCAACAGUUGACAUAUUGUGUUGUACAGUUUAUAGAGAAGGAACCAAAGUUGGCUACUACUGUGGUUAAGGGACUGUUGAAAUACUGGCCAAUAACAAAUAGCCAGAAGGAGUUGAUGUUUUUAAGUGAGUUGGAAGAGAUUUUGGAAAUGACUAACAUGAUGGAGUUUGAAAAGAUCAUGGUCCCACUGUUUCGGCGUGUAAAGUGUUGCCUUAAUAGCUCCCAUUUUCAGGUGGCUGAACGAGCACUCUUUUUAUGCAACAAUGAGAAUAUCCUUAAUCUCAUCACUCAUUACCGUCAGGUAAUUGUGCCUCUCGUCUUCCCGGCCCUAGAGUGGAACACCCAGAACCACUGGAACCAAUCAGUGCUCAACUUGACACUAAAUGUUAGGAAGAUGUUUUGUGACAUGGAUGAAGAAUUGAUGCUUGCCUGCCAAGGAAAGUUUGAGGAGGAAGACUCAAAGUCGAGUGUUGCAGCAGAGAAGCGCAGAUUGACAUGGGAACGCCUGGAAAGGGCUGCUCGUUUCCAUCCUGUGGCUGGAAAUAUUUCUGUUCUGGCAAAUUCUGCCACAUGCUCUGUUAGCUGUUAAUUACCUGAACCAUGGCAAUUGUACUUGAGCUUGUCCUAUUAUCUUACUGUAUUUGACACAAGGCUGAAAGCUUCAAAACAUUUGCAUGGAGGCUCUGACUGAAGUAUCCGAAGUUUGAUCCUGAAAAUUCGCUUAAUGUGAGGCACCAGCAGUGAAUCUGUAGCGAGUAUCUGACCUGAGUUGAAACUGUUUCAACUGGGUGUCGCGGCCUUAAAGGAUUUGUAUAUGUUUUUUCUCUUUUCAUCCUAUUGAGGUUGAGGAUUGGGGGUUGUGUGGAUAGGUUGGUAUUUGCUUGCAACCAUAUGUACUAGAACUCUUGUAAUCUGUAUUGAAUGGACAAUUCUCCUCGAGUUUGGUCUUCCUUCAUCAUGCAUUUAGGCAGAGUACUACUUUCUGCUAAAUGAAAAUGUCAGGUUUGAAUUAUGCUUUAA